GCACAACCUUCACGAAUGUGCUUCGCGUGCUUCCUCAAAUGUACCGGAUUCACACUGUCAUUGACGAGCCCCCCCAAGACCAGUCAGCCGAUGCCCCCCAGUUCGAUGUUACAGUGACUCUCGAGCCCCCCUCGAUAAUCGAAGGAAGAGGUUCUGAAGGCGACACGAUCUCUCCCUCGAGCAGAAAGCUCAGAAGUGGCAUCAAAGGGAGUGAGAAGAUCAGCUUUCAAAUGGCGACCCCGGGGACUGGUAACCUAACACGAUCUUACUACCGCCAUUUGCCCCCGGAAGGUGUCGAGAUCAAGGGUAUACUCAUUCAAUACCAUGGUUGGUUUGAAACAUGUGAGUUUUUCGAGAAUAAGUUCCACAAUUCUGAUAUCGCUGACAA